AUGCCUUCAACAGGUGACCUUCCUCAAGCAUCCUUGGUACAUACCGAAGACCCUUUUUCGAUGAUAAUAUUAAAGCCUUGUCGGGAAGCUCAUUGCCACUACUACUUAAAUGAGCUACCAGCGAAUAAAGUCCCAUGUACCUCAUGUUCAAUACCAUUGUAUUGCUCCCAGAAAUGCCGUAUACGAGCAGGAGGAAAAAUGUCCUGGGAUUACCCAAACAAUCAAAGGAUUCAUGAAAAUUUAUCAGCUGAUCUUGAACUCUGUUUAUUAAUUGAUAGAAAUUAUGCCCUUUCACGUACUCUCUUUAUAAGCAUCCAUGCGUAUUUCCUUUCACAUACUCUCUUUAUAAGAACAACAGAAUUUGUCGCAGCAGGGGAACCCCUGGAGCUUUCCUGUGGUCCACAGGUUGGUCAGUGGGACUGUGAGGACCGAGUCAAGUUUCUGGAAGAUGAAUACUCAUUUCGUUGUCAGUGCAGUGGUUGUUUAAAAGUAAACUUUUCUGACCUAGUCCUAAAUGCUUUGUACUGUGUCAAACCGAAUUGUUCUGGCAUAGUCUUGCAGAGCUCUGUUGUUGACUGUGAAAAAGAGAAACUUAAGCACUUACCCAACAUCAUUACCGUUGGCAACAUGGAGCCUCAUCUUCAGGCUGAAGAGUUCAUCAAUAUUGAUGACAUCGAUAGAGUGGCUCAUCACAUGCAAAUCAAUAGAGUUUUUCAUAUAAAUCCAGGCCUCUGUUUAAAAUCUUGUUCUUAUCGUGAUCUGGAAUCUUCCUCUGCAGCUGCAAAUAAAGCAUGGAUUAGAAUCAGAAGAGAGUUGCAACCUGCAAGGGAACACUGUAAAGCAUCAAUCGAGAUCCUGGAGAAGCUCUAUAAUCCUAAUCACAUUGUCAUUGGAUAUGAACUUGUGAAGCUCUCGUCUAUUCAGUUGUCGUUGGGUGAGUGUGCUGCCGUGGACAGCAUAAACCGACCUUGUGAUAUAUUUUCGUGUUAUUACGGAUCUCAUACAUACAAGAUUUUCCCAUACCUUCAAUUCCUUAAGAGGAGAGAGAAGCAGACCUCUUCCUUGAAGCACCAACAAAAAUGA